CCUCUUUGUCUUUCUCCAUUUUGGCAAAACCCAUUGGCCUAAAGAAGAAAAAGCAGAUUCCUUGAAACUGAUAAAACAAUGUUACAAACUCACUGAAAGCUUUCAGUUUUGCUUAUCUCAGUUGACUCUUCAAUGGCUUCUCCAAUGAGCAGGUCUGAAAGGACAAAAGGUGAAAAUUAUGAACCUAAUCGCAUGAAUCCUCAGCAGCCGGUUCUCGAUGUGGCGCCUCUCAAUUGUGUGCCAUACAUGGGUCCAACUAAUGCAGAUGAUAUGUUUUCUUCACCAACCAAAGAGAAUACCGAGGCUGUGGAAGCAAUCGGUCCAGCUAUGAUAUUUCUGCCUUCACAAUCAACCAGGGAAGAGUUGGAUAAUAUCAUGGCCGCUACCAAAAAUGGAGUUGCACUCACUGGUGCUGCUGCCACUGGAUCAGUUGGACCUGUUAUCGGGAAAGUGGACAUUGGUGAAUUGGAGGAUUCAUACUAUUUCCGUGUCGCCCUUCCUGGGGUCUCAAUGGAUAAAAGAGACUUCAAUUGUGACAUAGAACCUGAUGGAAAAGUCGUAAUAAAGGGGAUGUCAACUACUGGCGAGAAGAUAGUGUGCAAGAACUUUCAAAUCUUCCAUAUGCUGACACAAAAUCUUUGCCCACCGGGACCGUUCACUGUCUCGUUUCAGCUCCCUGGUCCAGUGAAUAACCAAGACGCUAAGAGUUAUUUGGCUAACGGAAUGCUUGAAGCGGUUGUGAAGAGGAUGUAAUUCUGAAGUGUUAGAAAGCCAGUGACUGCCGCUUUACUUACUUUACAUUUCUUUCCCAUGCAUCCAACUCAGUAGUUAUAUGUUAUAGGCUUUGAGCAUCUCUAAAACCGCUGUUGUUUAAACUUUAAUCUCUUCCUUUAGAACCAAACUGGUGUUCCUUCUCUAUGUUUUUUCCUUUAAAAAUAAUAAUUAAAUUAUGGUAACAAUCAUUCAUUUGAGAGUAAA